AUGGAAAAAGUCAAUAUUGCGCUAAUCGGCGCGGGUGGGAUGGCAAACGGUGUCCAUUAUCCGUCGCUCAGAGAGUGUGAAGAUGUGAAUCUUGUUGGAUUGUGUGAUAUGGUCCCAUCAAAGCUUCAGGCAACAGCGGAACGCUUUGAGAUUGAGGAAACGUUCACUGACUAUAAACAGAUGCUUGAAAAGACGAGUCCCGAUGCGGUGUAUAUCCUAAUGCCGCCGCAACAUCUAUUUCCGCUCGCCAUCCACUGUCUCUCGCAGCAGCACCACGUUUUUAUUGAGAAACCUCCCGGUGUUACACUUCAUCAAACCAAGGAAAUGGCACGCGCUGCAGAGAAAAACAACUGUAAGUCAAUGGUAGGUUUCAACCGUCGCUUUAUCCCACUCUUGCGAAAGGUCAAAACAAUAGUCGAAAAGCAAGGUCCGAUCAUUCAGUGCAUGUCAACCUUCCACAAAAACACACCCGACGCACACUAUUACGACGGUGUGAUAGACGUUUUAACAUGUGAUGCGAUUCACGCCGUGGACGCACUCCGAUGGCUUGGCGGUGGUGAAGUGAAAGCCGUCGCGAGCGACAUCAAUAGUUUCUACUCCGAGCGCGAAAACAGUUUCAACGCACUUGUUAAAUUUACCAGCGGUGCCUCAGGUUAUCUUUGUACCAACUGGUCAGUUGGAGGGCGUAUCCAUACAUUUGAGAUGCAUGCGCGUGAGAUUUCCGCCUAUAUCAACCCCGACGCGGGUGGACGUGCCAUCCUUCAUACACCCAAAGGCACAACUGAAAUCACCCCUGAAGAAGCCGCUGGAUCUGACGCUUCACACAGAGCUUACGGAUUUUAUGGAGAGAGCAGACAUUUUGUCGACUGUAUUCAGCAGAACCAGCAACCGUUAACCUGCUUCGCGGACGCAGUCAAGACGAUGGAACUCGUGACGGCUAUCUAUCAAAAUCGGAUAGAUGCUUGA